AUGUUGUCUCGUCUCAUUGAGCUGUCGGAGCGCGCUCCAAAAGACUUCACCUUAGCCCUAGGCUUCUCAAUUCUCAGUGCUCUUUACCUUCUGCGACGCUGGCUACUCCCCAAGCCAAUCCCCGGAAUCCCGUAUAACGAAAAUGCGGUCAAAUCCUUCAUGGGCGAUAUCCCCGAGUUCAGGGAUGCUCCCAAUCGUCGAGAAUGGUGGGCGCAGCAACCUGCUCGGCACCAAUCGCCUAUUGUUCAGGUCUUCAUGAGACCUUUCGGCGCACCGUGGGUCUUCGUUGCGGAUUACUUUGAGUCAUCAGACAUUUGUAUGCGUCGCUUGAAGGAGUUUGAUAGAAGUAACGUGACAUGGGAGCAGUUCAACGGCGUUGUACCAGGCCAUCACAUCACAUUGAAGUCAUCGGACCCAAAGUUCAAGAAGAACAAGGAGUUGAUUCGUGAUUUGAUGGCGCCAAAUUUUCUUCAUCAGGCCUCGGCUCCAGAGAUCCACGACAAGUUCAGUGUUCUUCUCAAGCUUUGGGACCGCAAGCUUGACUUAUCAGGCGGCAGACCAUUCGAUAUAGCCCAGGACAUCCACAACUCAGCACUCGAUAUUAUCCUCGGUGCUUCCUUCGGUAUCGACUCUGGAGACGGACAAAUUGGCAGACAACUCGAAGAGCUCAAGACGAAAACCGUUUCAGGUGGAGAAGAUGACCUCUUCGAGUUCGAGGACGUUUCUAUCGACGAAGAACAGAGCUGCUUCACCACUCUUGCAGACAGUGUCGGUCUCUCAAUGAGGUCGCCUCUUCCCACCAUUCAUCACUUCCUCUACCGCAAUCUGUCCCCCAAAAUGCGACGAGCAAGAGCGGGGCGUGAUAGAUUGAGGGAUCGUGAGAUUGCCAAGAGCAUUGAACGGAGAGAGUCAGGUCAGCCACAACGCUGUGCUUUGGAUAAUAUGCUUGCGAGAGAGGAUGCAAUUGCCGAGAAGGAAGGGCGGAAGCCGAACUAUCGAAGUCAAACAAUUAUGAGCGAGCUGAUGGGAUACUUGGUCGCCGGACAUGAAACAACAUCCGCUGUUCUCCGAUGGGGAAUGAAGUACAUGACUGCUAAUCAACGUGUGCAAUUACUCCUCCGUGAAGCCAUCGUGAACGCACAUCCUCAAGCCAAAAAGGACAACCGUGUCCCAACAACUGAGGAGAUCCUCAAAGCUCACAUCCCCUACCUCGACGCCGUCACCGAGGAAAUGCUUCGACACUCCCGCGUCGCCCCCGUCACUCUCCGCCAAGCUACAGUCGACACCCAAAUCCUGGGAAAAUUCAUCCCCAAAGGAACAACCGUUGGGUUUCUCGGCAACGGUCCAGGCGUCGUCAUGCCCACUAUCCCCGUCACCACCAAGAGGUCCGAAGCUGCUUUAGCACACAUGGAAAGGACACAGCUCUUUGAUGACGAAGACCUAGCGCAAUUCGUUCCCGAAAGAUGGCUGACGACAAGUGUCAACGAUAAGGGCGAGGAGGAGACCGUGUUUGAUCCGCAGAAGAGACCGGCUCAGGCAUUUGGACUGGGGCCUCGUGGCUGCUUUGGCAAGAAGCUCGCUUAUAUCGAGAUAAAGAUAUUUAUUACUUUGUUCUUCUGGGUGUUCAAGCUGGAGCCGAUUAAACCUGAGCUGGCGACGGAGGAUGAGAUGCUCGCGUUGACGCGAUCACCGAAGAAUGUUACUAAUCCGCCUCUUAUCAGCUUCUCUAUAGAAGAGAGAAAGGGUGCGAACACCAUUUCCAGUCUGGGAUCGCUCCACGACAUUGACAUCUGGCUUUGCCUCACUACUGGGCGAAAAGUCUUGGAAUUGCACUCAAUGAAGGUUUGGUUAAUCCCUAUGUUUAACUUUUGCAUGCUUCUCAAAACCCAUAAUAAGCAAUUCGGUGGCCCCUGUUUGAUCUGGGGUGCUAAGACUGCCUACAUACUUGCCCAAAGCCUUUUCCUGGCUAUGUAUAGAAAGAGGAUGUUUACCAGCUGCGCCUCGGCCAACUUUAUGGUAUACCAUCUCUGUUUCUACCGCAAUAUGACUUGGGAUCGAUAUGAACUCGGCCGAAGGAACAUUUUCUACGAUGAAAAGAAACCCUUGAUCCCGGUCAAUGUGUUCCCUCCGCACGUAGAACGCGUACGGAGAUUAGUCACAGACCUUUCUUGUGUAGUCAAUGGAGAAGGCUUGAUCAAUAAGAAUGAGCUUAUUUCUGAUGAUAAGCUGAAGCCUUUACUAGAUGGCGCGAAUCCAGAUCCUGCCCUAGUUGAGGCGCAGAAGACCUUGAGCAAGUCGCACAGUCUCGUUAACGGUGGCUACAAAGAGGACGAGUGGCAGGCUUUCUACGCAAAGCACUUUUUUGAGAGACUAGACGAUUCUCUUUUAUUAUCUAAAGAUGAUACUAGACGAAAAGAUGAGAAGGCCGGAAUAGCGCCAUUCAAGAUCCUCAGUAGUCCUCAACCAGACCACGCUUUCUUCUUUCCCAUUUAUCACAACCGUCAUCCAGCCGGGAUUCCUACUGUGGUAGACCCCAAUGCUAGACAGUGGAACAGGGCUCAAGAGACAUCUGCUAUGGAACCGUUUACAUGGUCAACGCUUAAGAGAUUACAUGGAUUCGGCCUCGAACCAGCACCUUCCCACGUUUUUGAAAAGCCACCACUGGAAGCCAACCUCAAAUGUUAUCCUUGGCUUGUAGUUGAAUAUAAGAAAGAGACGCAGGACGACGGGCCCGUGAGAGACGUGUGUUGCCAGGCCGCUAAUGCUGCAGCAUGCGCGAUUAGUUUGAUCAGGCACACAGCUCAGUUUGCUGUGAAACUACCCAAACAUGCGCAUAUUCCCCCCAUACCCGUCAUCACCACUAUUGGGCCUAGCGUCAAAGUGUGGAUUAUGUAUUAUGCUACAGAUUUCGACGCUCCGUGCUGCCACCGAGAGACUACAGAGGAAAUAGUGAAGAGACGCAAAGAGGGACAUAUCAUGCGCGUUAUUUGGAGCGGCGAGAUGACCAAGCUUGCUGAUAUUGUUAUGUUUCAAAUGAUCCUUGAUAACGCGCAUACCUGGGCCGCACGAGCUUUUAAGCCUUUGAUGGCUUCGUACAUCGAACAAUGGCAAUAUGUUUUCGAUGAAUCAACUGUCAGCGAAAGUUCAGGCCAUAAUUCGGCGUUCUUUCUGUCAAAGAAACGCCGCGAGAAGACAAUUGAGCAGCGACGAGCUAUUGUCCCGCUAGUCCAAGGCCUGCUAGAUGACCAAGCUACCAUGGAGCUUGAUGGCAUGGCCAAUAAGAAGGUGACUCCUUUACUUCUAGGCCUAAUGAUGCACCAAAUCUACUCGUUAGAGAAGGAAUUGAUAGCCAGUGAAGUUGAUAGAGUCGUAUCUCAGAAAUUAGAGGGGUUGUCCAUGGGGGGACUGGCACCCGGGAAGCAGUAUAGUUCCCGAGGGGAAGAGAACUCCCGAUCCCAAGCGCACUCUGACUGCGGUUCUGAUCAUCAAGAGUCCAUUUUCGGGUCACGCCAAACCAGCCAAUACUUGCCACUUGACAUCGAUGACCCGAACGACUCCGACUACAGGCCGUCACAAGAUUCUUCAGCUUCAGUCCAAACGACAUCCUUUGUGGCUCUUGCGGCUCCUCAAUCAAAUGCUACAGAUGCCUUACCUUCGACGUAUGAGUUUUCUUUCAAUAGCUCGGCACGGGUUGUCUCAAAGGAUGCGCAAGUCCAGUCAUUGGGACCGAACGCGGAUCGCCCAUUUCAUAGCCCCAACAGAGAUGGACGAGAAACUCCAUCUACUCCUGGGGGCCAAGUUACCCCAAAGGCGAGUCCCUCAACACUGUUCUCCACGGUUUUGUCUACGCUUUCAACUUCUUCAGAUGGAGAAGUAUCACGAGAGAUCUCCAAGGGAACAACACCUUCUAGAUUACCAGUCGUCACUGGUCCAUUAUCACUUGGAACGCGGGGACGAUCUCCUGGGCGGCAACUUGGCCUACCAUAUUCUCUACAUCCUCUUAUGGAAAAUGAUGGCGAGAAUAGUAAAGCUCAGGGCGCAGGUCAAGAUGAGAAUGACUAUAUUGAUUUGACAAGAGACAGCCAGGAAGAUGCUUCGUAG